UAUAAUAAAUCAGGCUUUCGAAGAAAAAAUCCAGAAGAUGAAAAUUAGGAAAAUCUUCCUUUAUCUGAUUUCUUCUAUACUCUUAAAUUUUCAUACACGUUCCAAAAUUAAGGCGAUAGAGUAUUAUUUUCUUUCUAAAAACCAUAUACGUUUGCAGAUUUAGUAAAUUUUGUGGAAAAGAUGGAAAAUAUAUUAAAAAAAAUGCAGAAUUCAGUUGAUGAAUUUAACUAAAAAACACGAUCUUUGACAAUUAUUACUGAAAAUAUUUUCUAUAAAAAGGAGAACGUGGGAGGAUCUAGGCUAGGUUUGGCUAUUUAUUUAAUAGAAAUUUCAGCAAGUAAAAAAAUUAAAUAAAUACUGCCAUACGAUAGAAGAAAAAUAAUAUUUAUUAUUGCUAGAUAGCAUCCAGCAGAAACACCAAGUUCAUUAAUAGUUUAAGGAUUAAUCGAAUAUUUAUUAUCAGAUGACAUUGCAGCUUAAAAAUUAAGAGAAAUCUUUAUUUUUAAAAUAGCUCCAAUGAUAAACCCAGAUGGAGUUUCAGUAGGAAAUACAAGAACAAAUAUAUCAGGAAGUGAUUUAAAUAGAUAAUGGGAUAAUCCAUCAGAGAGCUUAGAUCCUGAAAUUUUCUAUUUAAAAUAAUAUAUGAUAAAAUACUGUUUUAGAAAAGAGAUAUAUUUUUUUUUAGAUAUUCACGCUUCAAGUACCUAAAAGAAUUGUUUUAUGUUCGGUUGUGAAUAAGCUAAUGUAAAAUCUAUCCACGGCAAGGGCUAUAGUCUAGAAUGA